CAGCACGUGACGACGUCGUGUGGUGUCGUAAGCAGCUCUCGACCCAGUUGUUCAGUCUGAGUCCGGAGCCGGAGGAGGAGGAGGGAAAGUUUGUGACGGCAGCUACGCUGAGGUAAACACGUUAACGAUUGUUCUAGCAGCAGAGUGAACCUUUUCCCACACCAUGUCCCAGGACAAGAGUGGAUACCCUGUUAUGGGAGAGACCAACCCACUUCAUAACAAUGUCUAUGGACCCCCACAGCCAGGUUUCGGCAUGCCCCCUCCCAACUACAGCCAAGCCCCAGGGGGACCGUACCCACCAGCAGCCGGCUACGGACAGCCGGGUUUCCCCCAGGCGGGCCCCGGGUUUGCCCCUGGUCCCUACCCACAGAUGCCUUACCCUCAGAUGCCCUACCCACAGGGACCCUAUCCUCAGGGGCCUUAUCAGCAAGGACUCGCACAGCCAGGCUUUCCCGGCGACCCCACAGUACCUGCCGGCAGCCCUGGUUACCAUGGUGAUGGGCCUCCAUCUUACUAUGACAAUGAGGAGUUCACCAACUCUGGCUUUGAGGACAAGACCAUCCGACAAGCCUUCAUCAGAAAAGUGUUCAUGGUUCUCACAGUGCAGCUGCUGGUCACUUUCUCCUUUGUUGCUGUCUUCACCUUUGUCGAUGAUGCCAAGUAUUUUGUGCGACGUAAUCCAUGGACAUACUAUGUGUCCUAUGCAGUCUUCUUUGUGGCUCUGAUCGUCCUCAGCUGCUGUGGAGACUUCCGCCGCAAGCACCCCUGGAACUUGGUUGCACUGUCAAUCCUGACCCUGAGCCUCUCCUACAUGGUGGGCAUGAUCGCCAGCUUCUAUGACACAGAGACAGUCAUCAUGGCCGUGGGAAUCACUGCGGUGGUCUGCUUCACUGUCGUCCUCUUCUCGCUACAGAGCAAGUAUGACUUCACUUCCUGUCGGGGCGUGCUGUUUGUGUGCCUCAUCGUGCUGUUGCUGUUCUCCAUCCUCUGCAUCUUCAUCCGCCACAGGAUCCUGCACAUCGUCUAUGCCUCACUGGGAGCCCUGCUCUUCACCUGCUUUUUGGCUGUGGACACUCAGCUUCUCCUGGGAAACAAGAAGCUGGCCCUGAGUCCAGAGGAGUACAUUUUUGCCGCCCUCAACCUCUACACUGACAUCAUCAACAUUUUCCUCUACAUUCUGGCUAUUGUGGGACGCUCCCGCGAAUGAGGCUGCACCUUAAACACAAGCGGGAGAUAGAGAAUUCCUCCCUUAAUUGUGAAAUGUUGCUAACAUACCAUUUUUUUCCUCUAAUUCCUUUAAUUUUUUCUCCACUUUUUUCCAUGAUACUCGUUUCCUCUCUCAUCACACACACCAGUCUGUUUUUUAAACAGGUAUUUGGGUUGUCGAGGAGAUGCAGCCUCUCAGCACCAUGAAAUGCAGCUGAGAGAUACACUAUUUAUUUAACACAAACUUUCCAUUAAUUACAGAAAGUAAUGUCUUUUCCUCAAUUUGAGCACUCUGCUUGCUGUAACUGUCCUCUGCUUCUACUAACACAGAUGACUUCAUAAUGUCUACAUUACUGACCACCCAACUUCCAGUUUGGCUCGGCACAUGCAGUAUAAAACAUGUUAUCCUGUGGGUGCUUGGCACUCAGCCUUGCCUUGCUGCAGAGAUUAAACACCAAAAGAGCGGGGAAGGUCUCAGUAGCGCUUAAUAUUGAUGUAAACCAGCUUUGCCUGAAGAGAAGAAGAUGCUAGAAAUACCCACCGCCUUCAAUCUGUAUGUUUUCCCAAACUUAUCUCUCCCUUUCAGCCUGCUGGUGUAAAGUAACUCUGCAUGGCAACAUUGGAAACACGAGUAAAGAUGUGAUAUGAUUCUUUAGAACUACUGGAGGAAUACCUCUAGCUUGCUUCUCACAGCUGUAAAUAGUUAAGUGUAUUACUGUAUAUGAUGCCAAUAUAUCCCUGAUCCCUGAAAGGCAUGCUGGAGUGAUCGUAUGGAUGUGUAGCUUUUUGGAAAAAAUAUGCUCUGAUAUCAGAGCUUCGCUUACCCAGGACAGUAAUUAAAAUCUUUUAAUGGCAAAAGAAUGAAGAUCAAUGUUGGAUGUGACAAACAUGAACAUAAAUAAAUAUUUAUAAAUAAUAUAUUCUAACAGAAUAUCUUUUAGAGAGGAAGAAACAUUUUGUUCUAAAAUUAUUCCUCUGAUUCCAAAACUGAGCUGUCUCUUACCUUUUCCUUUUUUUUUUCUUUACUGUCCUCAUUAAUUUCCUCUCAUCUGGUCAUCAGUGUAAAGUGAGGGUUUAGUGCUGUAUUUAUUUUUCUCAUAACAAUCAAUGUGAAAUGAAGCUGGAAUGUAAUGUUGGAAGUUGUGAUCACUUUUAGACCAAGCGGAUCCAAGUUUCAAUUCUUCUGAAUUGAUGGACGCCAGACUUGAAGGAAAUAAUACUUAUAACAUGUAUUUAUUGAGCUUUAUGUUAAUAACAGGAUUGCUUUGAAGUGGCUAUAAGCUGUUGUUGACGAAUACAAACUCAGACUGUUGUUUGGAGAUUACAAAUACUUUAUUAUUUAAGUUGACUGAAACCAUGACAUACUGGUUGCACUCUAGCUCAACAAUGUGAAACAGGCAAAAGGAACCAACAUGCAGUGGAAGCAAGAAUCCUUCUACACAUAAACACACAAUUUGAAUGAUAUGUUUAACAUGAACAGCAUUUUUUAUUGUGUAACUUCUGUUUUUAUUUUUCACCUCUUGCAUGACACACUCCAUCAUUUGCAUGUGCUGAUAAUGCACACUGUACAGGUAGUCCUGUUCUGGAGAGACACAGUGUUGUUUGGCAGCCCUGUUAGACUUUUUUUUUAAACUCUUGUGUUUGUAUCUAACUAACGUGUAUGUGUGUAUAUAGAACUCCUUAGUGGUUUGAUGUGUAUAGAUAAAGUAAUUUUGGGGCUUUGUAGGUCUGUUUGCAUUGUAUAUUUGCAUUAAAUCAAAGUGGAACCACAUUACACUGCUGUUCGCUUUUC